GUGGCUCAACCAGAUGUGGUCCGCAAUGUCGCGUCAAUAGAAAGUUCUUUUAUGAAAACAUUGUGUAUGAUGGCAAAGACUUAACAAUAACCAACAAGCAUCUUCCUGGCAAAAUGUAAUCGUUUAAUUGAGUUUAAACGCAUAUAACUAUAAGUCCUUUAUUUCUAGUAUAAUUUUAUUGAUACAUAAUUUGUAAUGUUAACUAGAAAAUACAUAUGUAGCUACCAUAGAUAACCAAUUGCUUAAGACUAUUCGCGAUAGCCCACUAAUCGAACUGGUAACGAGCUGCUUUGAAAAUUAGGUCAAAGUUUCAUUGUCAACCUACAAAAAAUUAAUUUUUUGAUUCAAAGGAUGCUUUCCAAUUACAUUUUGGGUUGCCGCUCCGAGUAAAAAAUAUACAUUGGGGAGACUCCGUGCAUCGAUAACUGUCGGUCAUUGUUACUUAAUUAAAAUAUCGAUAAACAUCCAUCUCUAGCACCGAGUUGUCUUCUACGGGUGCUGAAAAAAUUGUUAAAUAUUAAAUUGAUUUAUUAAUUAAAUAUGACGGAGCUGUUAAUAGAUCCGGAUAUACGCGUUUGGGUGUUUUUGCCCAUCGUGCUCAUCACAUUUUUAGUUGGUAUUGUGCGACAUUACGUGUCCAUUCUGAUAUCCACACAGAAAAAGGCCGAGAUGACCCAAAUCAUGGACAGUCAAGCUAUGAUCCGCGCUCGGCUGCUGCGCGAGAAUGGUAAAUAUCUAAGUGCCCAGUCGUUCUCCAUGAGGAAGAACUUCUUCAACAACGAGGAAACGGGCUACUUUAAGACACAAAAACGAGCGCCGGUUGCGCAAAAUUCCUCAGCCAUGCUGACAGACAUGGUCAAAGGCAACUUUAUUAAUGUGCUGCCCAUGGUCGUUAUUGGUGGCUGGAUCAACUGGAUGUUCUCUGGAUUUGUGACCACCAAAGUUCCCUUUCCCCUUACACUGCGUUUCAAGCCCAUGCUGCAGCGCGGCGUGGAGCUGGCAUCACUGGAUGCCGCCUGGGUGUCGUCGGCUUCAUGGUAUUUCCUGAACGUCUUUGGCCUGCGCUCCAUUUACACCCUGGUGCUGGGUGAGAAUAACCAUGCGGAUCAGACACAAGCCCAGGCCGAUGCAAUGACCGGCGCAGCCAUGACAAUGCCCCAGGACCCCAAGGCGGCAUUCAAGGCCGAAUGGGAGGCACUGGAGAUAACAGAAUAUCACAAUGCUCUCAAGAACAUCGAUGCGGACAUGAUGAGCAUCGCCAACGAAGCAAGCGCGUCCUAGCUGCGCCCAAAGAGACGCAAACGGAAACAGAUUGCCAAUAGGCGUGAGUUUUGUAAGGUUAUCUAUUAGCAAAAUUUAGACGACGUAUUUUAACAAAAAAAAAACCAAAUUUGUUUUGAGUCGAGUCUUGCAAUAAAUAAACUAUUAUGUCUACGUAUUGUACUUUAGUUGUUACUCUGCCACGCCCACAACUUUUAUGGAAUGUGCCACACCCUUAAUAGUAAAUUUUAAGUAUACAUCAAAAAAUAACACAAAAUAAAGUAAAGUAAAUCAAAAGAUUUCGUAAUCAAUAGGCUUUAUGCAGCCACCAGAAGGGAAAGUCAACCUUUUGGAACGUGAAUAAACAAAAACAAGGAUAUUGUUGAGUCGAGUCUUGCAUUAAAUGAACUAUUAUAUAUAUCUACGACUAACUAAUUUAGCUGUUACUCGGCCAUGCCUCUGUCCAAUUGCGUGCACAAAUAAAACUAAGUUGAACAUUUAA